AUGAACGCAGCUGCGCUUGCAGCGGCAUUUGGAGGUGGUGCGCCUGCACAGGGGUCAUUUGAGCGUCAGCUACCCCGAUAUGAUUCAUCUGAGCAAUAUUCCAAUUACAGACAAUCGUCGAGACGUCGAUCUCCUUCUGAUCGGCAUGCUUUCAAUUACCGAAAGGAAACAACUGCGGAUGGACUACUGUCGCGUCGCUCUAAUGAUCUUGGCCGUAGGGAUGUUGAUAGAAAUCUUUCAGCCCGUUUUCCGCACCAUCUGGAUCACAAAGAGCCCGAGGAUGAUCCAACUGCCACUCGUACGCUUUUUGUGGGAAACUUGCCUCCAGAUAUUCGUGAAACAGAACUUCGUGAUAUGUUUGAGCGUUUUGGCAUACUCGAGGAUGUGGACAUUAAGCGCCCCCUCCCUAAUUCAAAUUCCAAUGCUUAUGCCUUCCUGAAAUAUGUGAAUCUUAAUAUGGCUCAUCGUGCUAAGCUUAAUAUGUCCGGCAAAACAAUCGGUCAAUUUACGUGCAAAAUAGGAUACGGCAAGGUCACACCUACUCGCUGUUUGUGGAUAGGCGGUCUCGGCCCGUGGAUCAAGUAUCCAUCUUUCGCUGCAAUAGUAGAACGGAUAGCCACCCCUGAAAAGAUAAUUUGGCCGUCUGGAAAAACUUAUGCACAUAUUAUGUUUUCCUCUGUCGACACUGCCGAAAUGGUAGCUUCAACGCUCAGAGGCUAUCCUCUUGGUGGAAACAGUCGCAAGUUACGCAACUCUUCUGCGGACGAACGUAGCGUCAAGUCAUCGUCACACGAGCGCCUGAGGUCGCCACCAUCCGAGUGUGGGUCAAAUUAUAGAGAACUCACACCAUACCGUUCGAAAUCAGCUGGUCGCGAUGACUCACAUACGUCAAACUUGUCCUUGAAGGGUUCUGCCAAGCAGACGACUAUUGAAACCGCGAAGUAUAUAUGUGACUUAGCAGCUUGUCUUCCUACCUCAUGGAACGCAGUUUUCGUUCUCAAAAAGAGUAGUUUUUCUUGUCGUAUGCACAUUUUGCGAGGACACGAGGGUCUUGUUGACCAGUUUAUUCCUCGUUGGCCGUCCAAAAUAAAGAACGAUGACCAUGCACCACCAACGAAGUCAAGCUAUAGAGGAGCUCCAAAAACACCCCCCGAAGAAGGUAGUGAACAGAGUGAUCACGAGAAGUACGAGGCUUCAAAAUCAAGUGACAGGAUCACCGACGAAUUGCACGCCAAUGACGAAUCAGACGGAAGUCAGAAUUUCCUGCGUAUUAGUCAACGCAUGAAAAUGGAUCCCUUCAAGCUUGACGAUGUAAAUCAGCGCAUGAAAAUUGUUGGUGAUCAGGGUUACUGCGUUCUUCUUGCCAUGCCUCUAGAGGAUGAGAGUUCCAGCUCGGAUUCAAAUAAUAUGCGAUCUGGUCGUCCCCUCCGCGAUUUGAUUAACUACCUUUCCUCAAAGGAUGCUGCUGGUGUCGUCCUAUUAAAUCCACUUUCCUCGACGGACUCAAAUGCACACAAUAAGACGAAUUCUGAGGAGACUCCCGUAACUGGUGUGCUGCAUGUUUUACCUCCU